GUACAUAAUUAUUCUCUGAAAUAAAAGGGAAGGGCUACCUCACUGUAAUACUUCACUGAUUUUAUCGGAAUCGUCGCUUUUGUCCUCGGGCCUGUUCUGUGCCGCGGCUCUGCACAGGCGCCAGGAGGCGCUCGGUCCUCCCGCACUACGAUUCCCAGCAGCCCCCGCGCGGGUCCGCCCUCCGCCGGCCGGCACGGCCGCUCGCGGGGGCUGCCGGGAGUUGGAGUCCCGGGCGGGAGGCGAGAGCCGCGGCCAUGCGGAGGGUCAACAGCAGCCUGGCCAGCGAUGAGGUGCUCCUGGAAGACUUGGAGACGGAAGGCGAGAGGCAGCUGAAGAGCCUGCUCCAGCACCAGCUGGACACCUCCGUCUCCAUCGAGCAGUGCAAGUCGAAGCGGCGAUGCUUUGCCCCCGCGGCUUUCUACAAGCCUUUUGGGGAAGAGGCUGCAGGAGCCCUGACCCUGUCGCAGUUCCAGGCCUUGCAGGAGAGCGACAAAGAGACUGCGGCUCUCCGCGAGCUGGGGCUCUCGGACCCGGAGAUCCUGCUCUGGAAGAACCGGGCUUCGGCGGGGAAGGGCUCUGGGCUGGGAGCGGCCCCGGAGGCCACGCAGGACCGACUCCAUGCCAUCCAGGAGAAGAUGGAAGAGCGUCAGCGCAUCCUCGCGCUGCCCCAGAGGUUUGCUGGCAGCAAGCAGUUGAGCCGGCGGGAGAUGGAGAUUGAAAAUGCCCUCUUUCAGGGAACGGACCGCCACUCCUUCCUCCGGGCACUCUACCACCAAGAUGACACUCGGAGGAUAACAGAUGAAAAGGACCCCAUGGUUCACCUGGAGAGUGUUUACCAAGAGCUGCUGAGCAAGCAGCUACCUGAAGAAGUCCAGCCAACCAAGAGUGACCCAUGCUUGCUCCCUUCCCCGGCCCCACAGCAUCCUGUGGUCGAGGAGUCAUCGCUUCCAGACCAGGAAGAGCAGACAGACCAGGAAAAAAGUCCCAGCCUUCCUGCAGCAAAGCCCCAUCAGUCCCCUCCAAGACCUGUGACUAUAAAAGAGCCAGUGGAGUUCCUCCCAGAGGAGGAGAUCUGCAAGAACCGUCUCUCAGAGGAAGAACUCCGAAAUAUACCCAGGUUUGCUUCCUACCAUCCUGGAGAGCCCAACAAGGUGCUGUAUUUGAAGAACCUGGGCCCUCGAGUGACGAUGAAGGACCUAGUGUCGUUGUUUGCUCGGUUCCAGAAGGAGAACAGCCCGCUGAUCCAGUUCCGCCUGCUGAGCGGCCGGAUGAGGGGUCAGGCUUUUAUCACCUUCCCCGAUAUUCAGUCGGCCCAGGCUGCGAUGCUGUUGGUGAACGGGUACAUUUUGCAGGGGAAGCCGCUGGUGAUUGAAUUUGGGAAAAGCAAGGGGCAGCUGACAGAGGCAGACUCUGCCGCCCCCUGCUCCUCUGCUGGAGAGACCCCCCCCGCCAAGUAAGGGAUGGAGGAGCGGGGACCUUGUAGGCUUGCAUGGACCAUGGGAGCUCCUUGGUCAUAACUGGGACAGCGAAGGACUGUUGGGAGUUAACGUGGCAGUCUGUAAAUCUCAGAGUGGGGAAGGGAGAGAGCUGGGGAUUUAGGAUUUUGGAGGGGAGAAGCAGCUCUGUCCCAGCCUGAGCCAGCAGGGAUGGCUUGGGGUAUUGGGGCUGGACGUGGCCUCUCGGAAGGGUGCUGAGGAAGCGUGGCUUCCCUCUGCCUUGAUGGCACACGAGGACCUUCGUGAGGGCCUGGGCAGCGUGGGGCCUCCUACGUACAGUCCUGUCACCGUCUGUACGCUGUUGGGCUGUGCGGGCUUUUUCCUCCCGUUCUACCUUUGUGUCUGCAUUCUGCCUUUCGUGGCAAGGAAGGGGAGGGGAAGCCACGUAAAUAAAUGCAUUUAUAAGGUA